AUGCUGACGCUUAGGGCUGGGCGGCAGCCGCAGCGGCGAGCUGGGACAUCUGGACGACCUGUCCGCAGGGCCUCGGAAAACGCUACGAAGGUUCCGCUCAGCAAGAAGUGCAAGCUUGACAUUAAGCGAAAACACCUGCGUGCCGCGAUUCCGGGAUGCCUGGCGGUCAACUCAUACGCUGUUAACCUGCAGCUGCAGAUUGACGGUGAAAAGCUUCCAGACCUGUAUAAAUGUACCAUCAAGAAGCACGUUAACAACAAAACGUCUUGCGUUUCGUAUCGCCUCCAGGGCACGGGCAUCUACAACCACCUGCGCGGACUGUAUAUGCGAGGCUUCAGCUGUGGCGAGGAGCCAGGCGUUGUGGUGCUUGUGGCAUCACGCCAGGCGGCGCCGGAUCUGUCCUACAGCGUCCAGUCCGAUGGCGAAGAUGCGGACUGCGCAGGUGCGGAGUGCGCGGCAGCCAACGACGACACCGAUUCGGAAGCUGAGCGGCGGCAGCAGCGACAACGACGGCAGCAGCGACCUCGUCGGCAGCGGAAACGGCGGCGGGAGGAUUCGGAUGAGGAGGAUGUGGAGAAUGACCGGUUUGGGGACGUGGAAACCAAGGAUGAGGUCAUAGGACGGCCGGCGGGGGCGUUGCCUGUCACGGGACCGUCGAGCCACCACCCAGGUUUCUACCAGGAAAUCGGGGCAGAGGCAGCCCUUACUGUCCACCAAUUCCAGCAACACCAGUUCCAGCAUGUACAUGCCCACAUGCAUACACAGUUCCAGCACGUGUACCAUGAGCAUCGCCACCAGAGGCUUCGGUCCCACCCUGUCCAAGCGUUCGACCUGAGUCCCAACGGCGAGCAGGUGGAGGGCUUCGUUGGAAUCCACGCACACACGUUGUCUGCCCCGGGCGACGACAGUGCGGCAUUAGUGUGCCACGAACAUCCCCAUGACGAUGCGGUCAGCACUCUCAAUGCCGCAUGCGUCGAGGCCGAGUUCGUUGCAGCCGUGACUGAAGCCGAGCGGCGCACGGGACAUGCUGGGUCCGGGCCGGGACCGGGGUCCAGCUUGGACCCGUUCGACCACCUAGCUCUCGGAGUUAACAUGGGUUCCAUGGCCUUCGGGGGCGGCCUUGUUGACAGCAACAGUUUAGUGAGCAAUGCAGUGCCAGGACAUCCCUCGUGCCUAGUUGGCCCGGGUUUGCUGGGGCCGGACGCGGGGGUUUGUGAUGCAACGGCAGCAGCUCAGCUCCAGGACGGCGUGGGGAUCAUCGGUGCUGUCGAAACUGACGGCGGGGGGCUGCAAAACGCCGUGCCUGCCCUGCCGCCUGGUUUUGCGCCGCAACGGGACCCGUUGUUGGACCUACCACUCACCUUGUCGCCUUUCUCGCCGCGCCUGCUGCAAGAGUUAACGGGUCGGCCGCACUUGCCUCGCGUCGGAGGACACCAGCCGCCGUCGCAAUUGAUUAACGGUUGGGGUGCCUUGCCGCUUGACUUCGACAACGCGUGGCCACGGCAGCAUCUAACAUGGCCAGAUUCGCUAGGGUUGGGGCUAUGA